AUGAAACGUCUUCAGACGGCAAAGGACGCCAAGCUCCGAAGCGCGUGUGACCGAUGUCACGAUAUGAAGAACCGCUGCACGCGCUUCGGCGGGAUUGAAAGCCGUUGCGAUAGGUGCGAGAGGCUAGAUGCAGAUUGUGUGUACAGCACUAGGUCGCAAGUCGGCCGUCCAAAGACCCGGAAACAAGAAGCCGCCUUGACAGCACGGGAGAGCAGCCAGAGCCUUGGACCAACCACCUCUCGGCUUGUCCCGCUCGAUGAUGCCGAAGUCCGGUUGGGAACAACACUAAGAGACGGAACCUUGCAGUUUGAUUUCGAUAGCUCGGCUUCGUCGUCGUCGUCCUCUUCGCAGCCGGCCCACUUGAGCCAGCAUUUCUGGGAAGUUGAUCUCUCUGCCAACCAGACCACACAUUGUAAUGAAGGGUCCGAAUGGCAGUUAGACUCAGCUAUCUUCAUGGACAACAGCCCCUCGUACGGUGAUAAUACUGUUGCUUCUGGCUCUGCACACGAAGAUCCUGUCGGCCUUUCACCUCAACACAGAAACUUGACUCCAAAUGGGGCCGAGGGGGACGUGAAUGGGACAACCGAUACUCUUAUCAGACUUCAGAGUCAACUCCAACAACUCCUGUUCGGGACACUGAACGCCCCGAAGGAGGAUAUGCCAUUGCCAACCGGCCACAAACCCUAUCCGGCCGUGGACAAGGUCCUGGGCCUAACGAAUCAACUUCUCGAAAUUGUACAGGCUCAAAUUCAAACCAACCCCAACACCGAACAACUAGCACGGAACAUGAACCGCAUCACAACCUUGCAAAUAAUGACGUGCUACACCUACGUUGUACAAUUGCUCAGCCCCAUCAUUACGACAGCGCGGCAGCAAAAUGCCAGUGACAGCAAUCUCAAGAUUCAGAUGGCGACUCAAUGCCCUUCACCGUCCCUUGAACACAUGUUCCCAGCUUCCCGGCCAGUCAAUGGGCCUCCGAGGCUCGGCAGCCGGUACCCUGUUCUUCACCUUGGUGGCUUCAACCUCGCGUCACAGCCAGUGCUCAAUGAAGACGUGGUUCAGCACAUGGUUCAGCGGAUCAUGCAACAGCUGCACAUGACGAUUCAAUCAUUUGCCUCGGUUGCGGGAUGUGGCAAAAUUGUCGAUGCCGUGGACGCAAACCUCACUGGGGGAGUACUGUCGCCUGCUUCACCGCUCACUGCUGGCGACGCGAACGUGACUAGUGAGGGGUUAUAG